ACUACCACCACCACCCCUGUCCCCACCACAGAGCCAGUGAUUCCGACUGAACCGCCCACAGAGCCUGAGGCUUACCCAGAUUACCCCUUCCCAGAUGAAGGGGACGACUACUGGAAGCCUGAGGAGGGGACGGAGGAGACCGAUGCCCCGGUCACAGACCCCUACGACGACUACUGGAAGCCUGAGGAGGGGACGGAGGAGACCGAUGCCCCGGUCACAGACCCCUACGACGACUACUGGAAGCCUGAGGAGGGGGUGGAGGAGACUGACGCCCCGGUCACAGACCCCUACGACGACUACUGGAGAGGAGAGGAGACCACAGUCUUCCCCACAGUGGUGGACGGGAAGGUGAAGAUUGACGACGGAGACUACUGGGACGCCACAUUCGAGGCUCCUGAGCAGCUUCCCUUCCCGGAGGGGGAGGAGGUGAGCCCCACAGACAAGGAAGACUUCACCAUCACAGAGCUGCCCUCUGCUGAGCCUCCUUUUGAACGUAACUGGUAUGAUGAGUAUGACUAUGGACGACCAAACAAGGAGGACGAAAAGAAAGAGCGAGAGAGACUUGAGAAGGAGAGAGAGAGAGAGGAGCAGGAGAGAGCGCAGAGAAGGAGAGAGCAGGAGGAGAGAGCCAAGAAGAGACCGCGCAUCUUUAAAGAGCCAAAGAAAUGUCCUCCUCUAGGGAUGGAGUCUCACAAGGUUGAGGCAGACCAGCUCCUGUCCUCUUCCAUGUCUCAGUACCGCUUCUCCACACACAGGGCCCGACUCAACAUGCAGGGUUCUGAGGAUGAGGACGACAUGAGGGGCGGGGCCUGGUGUGCAAACCCCGAGGAUAAGAUCCACUGGUUUGAGAUUGACGCUCGGAGAGCCACGGAGUUCACCGGGGUCAUCACCCAGGGAAGAGACUCCGGCAACGAGACAGACUUUGUGACAUCGUACUUCGUAGCCUUCAGUAAUGACAGCAGGGAGUGGAUCACCAUCCAUGACGGCUACUCUGACUGGUUGUUCUUUGGGAACAGUGACCAGCACACUCCGGUGCUGAACCAGUUUGCUAUGCCCAUGUUGGCGCGCUACAUCAGGGUGAUCCCACAGAGCUGGAAUGGCAGUCUGUGCAUGAGACUGGAGGUCCUGGGCUGCUCUGUGCCUGAUCCAGAUGCCGUCCACUACAGACAGAAUGAAGUGACCCCGGUAGACUACCUGGACUUCAAACACCACAACUACUCUGCCAUGGUUACGCUGAUGAAGUCUGUGGGGGAUGAGUGUCCCAACAUCACCAGUGUGUACAGUCUGGGCCUCAGCUCUGAGGGACGGGACAUCCUGGCCAUGGUCCUGUCUGACAAGCCCACAGAGCAUGAGACAGGUGAGCCGGAGUUCCGCUUCACGGCGGGUCUCCACGGUAACGAGGCUGUGGGUCGGGAGAUGGUUCUGCUUCUGAUGCAGUACCUGUGUAAGGAGUACAAAGACGGAAACCCGCGAGUGCGCCGCCUGGUGGAGGGAAUACGCAUACACCUGGUGCCCUCGCUAAACCCUGAUGGACAGGAGAAGGCCCUCCUUGCAGGUUCAGAGCUGAGUGGAUGGACCACCGGCCACUGGACCGCGGAUGGACACGACAUCUUCCAGAACUUUCCAGACCUGAACAGUGUGUUGUGGGAGGCCGAGGACCGGGGCAUGGUGCCCAAGAUCACCCCCAACCACCACGUCCCCAUCUCUGGAGACCUGGAGAGGAACAGUUCGAUCUCCGUGGAGACGCGACACAUCAUCUCGUGGAUGGAAAGCAUCCCGUUCGUGCUGGGCGCCAACCUGCAGGGCGGAGAGAAAGUCGUGGCUUAUCCCUACGACAACAUGCGCCUGGCCAAGAAAGCUGACAGCCACGACCAGAGGACACACAGCCGCAAGAAGAGACAAUACGAGGAGGAAGGAUACGACGUGACGGAGUGGGGGCGGGGCUACCAGGAGGAGCCUGAUUGGAGGGACCGGGGACACAGGGAGGAGCCCGAGGAGGAUUGGAGAAUACAGGGACACGGGCACGAGAGCUACGGGCACGAGAGCCACGGGGGUGAAGGGUACGACCACAGAGGUUAUGAGCACGGAGGGUAUGAACGUGAAGGUUACGAGCAUGGCGGGUACGAGCAUGGGGGCCACGAGGGCUACGGGCAGAGGGAGGAGGAGGAGGAUGACAGAGGGCGAGGGGGCUACCGGGACUCGGAGCCGGAGGACGAGCCCAGAGCUACGGCGGACGCCUCCCUGUUCAGGUGGCUGGCCAUCUCCUACGCCUCCACCCACCUGAGCAUGACGCGCUCCCACCACGGCGGCUGCCACGGCAACGACGUCACCGGAGGGCAGGGGAUCGUCAACCGGGCCAGGUGGAAACCCGUCGCAGGAAGCAUGAAUGACUUCAGCUACCUGCACACCAACUGUUUUGAGCUGUCCAUGUUCCUGGGCUGUGACAAGUUCCCUCACCAGACUGAGCUGCUGUCAGAAUGGGAGAAUAACAGGGAGGCCAUGCUCAUCUUCAUGGAACAGGUGCAUCGUGGGAUACGGGGCAUAGUCAAGGACCAGGAAGGAAACGCCCUCGGCAACGCCACUGUCUCCGUGGAGGGGGUUAGCCAUGAUGUCACCACAGGAGUCUCAGGGGACUACUGGCGCCUGCUGAACCCAGGGGAGUAUCGAGUGACGGUGCGGGCUGAAGGCUUCUCCCCCCUCACCAAGCUGUGCGUGGUGGGCUACGAGCCUGGAGCUACCGCCUGCAGCUUCACCCUGGCCAAGUCCAACUGGGACCGCAUCAAACAGAUCAUGGCCCUGCAUGGCAACAAACCCAUCCGCCUGCUCAGCCACGGCAACGGCGGCUCACGCCGGAAUACAGAAGUCGGCGGCAACAGGCGCCCUGCCUUCGGCAACGGAGGCGUCGCCGUGGAUCCCGAGAUGCGGCGCAUGCGUCUGAGGAAGCUGCGGCUCGCCCGGCUACGCCGCCUACGGCAGGAGAGACUGAUGAGGGCCACGACCACGUCGCCCCCGACAACCACGACGGUCGCCACGACGACAGAGAGCACCACUGCCUGGUACGACUUCCCGUGGGACAAGUCGACGUCGGAAGGGUUCACCGACUCCAUCCUGGAUUACAACUACGAGAUUAAGGUUGAUGAUUACUGAGGAAAACCAAGGGACUGGUCCAGCUAUUACACACACACACACACACACAGUAACACAGUUAUCACUUCCCGUUUGUUCCAGUAGUCUGUUCUGUUAACACACACACACCUGUCCCUUCUCCUUCUCAUAGGUCCUCUCAGUCUGUCCCAGAUGUGUUGAUACGGAGAAGGUUCCAGAAGGGGGUGGAGUCCCCCUGAGGGGGCAGGGAGGAGGGUAAUGAUCUGGGACAGGAAGGGGAGGGGCUAUAGUGUGGGACAGGAAGGGGAGGGGUCAUAGCAUUAAACUAGUGGUCUUCAGGACUGUCCUGACAGCUGUCCUGCUCUAAGUGAAUGUAUUUCAGACAGGUUCUGGUAAUGUUGAUACGCUGGUUGCAUUGGAGAUACGCCAGUUGCCAUGUAGAAACUGUGUCUUUCUGUCUUUCACACGACACAAAACAGCAGCAAACAUUGGAUCUUAUAAAAGAGUUGAUUUACUUACAUUUCUUUCAUCCAACAACACAACAUUGAUUUACAGAUGCGGAGACACAGAGAAUUUUUCCUGAAGGAUGAGGAAACUGACAUUCUUUAGUGUGGUUCUACAAUAAAGCUCAAAAUCAGAAGACAUGUUAUUUUGUUUAAGUAAUAAAGGUUUGUUUAAGUACA